AAAGCAGGAUGAGGCAAUGGGGAUGGCUGUGCACGUAACGCCUUAGUUUUGUGGCAGUGCACCGGGACCCUGCCUUUGCAGCUUUGUAAAAAAAAGUCGCUUUGCUAGCCUCUUUCUGCCCCUCCUUUUGAAAAAGGGAAACCCCAGCGUGAGCCUCCACCUUCCUCCCAGUGUUUCUUCAUAGGGCUUGGUGGCUGCAGCUAGCUGAAGAGAACCUCUUGCUACCUGCAGGGGAAGGACCUGUCUGCCCCAGUUUGCAAUGGGGUCCAACCAGCGCUUAGCAGCUUCUCUUCUCUUUGUUCUAGGCCUCUGUGUUGGCCAAAGAGUAGUUCUGGUGCAGAAAGGACGUCUCUAUCGGGCUAGAGGUUAUCACAUCACCAUCUGGUGCAAUGUCAGUGGCUACCAGGGGCCCUUGCAGCAGGAUUUCGAGUGGUCCAUUUUCCUGCCUUCAGCCCCAGAGCAAAAAAUGCAGAUCAUCAGCACCAAGGAUUCCACCUUCCCUUAUGCCGUCUACUCCCAGCCUGUGCAGAAUGGGGAAAUCUAUGUAGAGAGAGUACAAGGGGACUCUGUCCUGCUGCACAUCAAGGAGCUCCAGGACCGGGAUGCUGGCGAGUACGAGUGCCACACACCCAACACUGAUGAGAGGUUCUUUGGGAGCUACAGCGCCAAGACAAACCUUUCAGUGAUCUCCGACACUCUCUCGGCCGCCAUGCCACGCCAGGUCCUCACCCGAGCGGAAGGAGAUCUGCUAGAGCUCACCUGUGAGGUGUCAAAAUCCACAGCUCAGCACACCCACCUUUCUGUUGCCUGGUACCUUCUCCAGGGAGACAGUCAGGCCAUGACGAUCCUUUCCCUGUCCGAGGAUUUCAUCUUGACUCCAGGCUCCUCCUACACAGAGAGGUUUUUGUCAGAUGUCCGCCUGGACAAGGUGGGGGAUACCACAUACAAACUGUCUAUUGGCAGAGUGAGGCCUUCUGACCAGGGCCAAAUAUACUGUGAGGCGGUUGAGUGGAUUCAGGAUCCUGAUGGGACUUGGAAAGAUAUAGCUCGGAAACAAACGGAAAAGACAUUGUUGACUGUCAGAAGCCAAGACAGAGAUUUCCAAGCUACUACUGCUGCUGUUGAAAACUCCCUGGCUGAAGGGAAGCCCUUGCGAGUGGAUUGCUCUGUGAAUGCCCAGAACAGCCAGAACCGAUGGUUCCAAGUGGUCUGGCUCUUCAAAGGAGUGGAAGUCGCCAGGAUUGACCCACAGGGGGUAUGGACCUUGAAGAAGGAGUAUGAAGAGAGAGCUGUCUUGGGACAGCUCCAAGUGGCAAAGGAAAGCAACGAGAUGUAUAUCCUCAAAGUAUACCAGGUGGGGCUGAAAGACAAAGGCAUGUACAGCUGUCAGGUUUCUGAGAUGGAGAAGGUUUCCACAGGCUUUUCCAUCAUCCAGACCAAGAUGUCAUCAGGCAUUGACGUCAUCGUGAAGCCAAUGGAGAGCAAGAUGCAAGUAUCUGUACUAAGCAGCAAAACACCGAUAGUGGAAGGAGACCCCUUGAUCCUUCACUGUGAGGUGAGCGGCGCAACAAGCCCACUCUCUGUGAAUUGGUGGCAUUUACGGAAGAGCAUAAUUGGGAUGGAACAGGAUGGCAUGCUGAGGCCUGGCCUCUCCUACCAGGAACGGAGCACUAAUAGGGACCUCUGGCUGGAGAAGGUGAACUCCACCAUGUUCACUCUGGUGAUCUACAACACUUCUGCCACCAGUGAUGGAGGGUCGUACAAAUGUGAAGUGACAGAGUUGGAUAGAAACUGGAAACAGGCAAAAGAAACAUCAGUAUCCGUUAGCCCUCUCAGUUUGGAUUUGAGAGCCACGCUGAAAAGCCGAACGGCAGCUGUCAAAUUGACUCAGGAUUUUGAACUGUUCUGCCAGGCUUCUGCCCCCUAUCGCAUCACUCAAGUGCCAGUAUCAAUAACUUGGCAAUUCCAGCACAACUUAGGGGCUAAUGGCUAUCAACAGCUGGUCAAAGUCAUGCCCAGUGGCAUCGAGUGGGGGGCUGACCUACCUCACUUUCAGAGGAAGACCAGCGUCACAAAAACUACGUCUUCUUCCACGCUCCUAAUCCACAGUGCCACAGAGCAGGACGCAGGCAGAUACAGGUGUGAGGUGAAGGUCUGGAGGAGCAGCUCCCAGCAAACAGGACACCCAGCCAUGGCAGCAGCUGCAACUGUAACGUCGAAUGUUGUGGGGAUACAGGUCAACCCACCAGAGAGCAAGCUACAAGUAGACACAAAAGAUAGAACCCUGGAGCUCUCUGGUAGCACAGUGACCCAGAGGGAUUCUCAGUUAGCUGUUACCUGGUACUUCCUACCGCUUUCUCCAGCUAACGCAGCCCCACUGCAAAUCGUGAGGAGCAAUUACAGCAACAUCCUGGACUAUGGGCCAGAGUUCAGCUCUCCUAUGCAGAAAUCUAAAUUCCACAGUGAGAGAGUUUCCAACGACCUCUUCUGGCUGCGUAUUCUGUCUGUGAAUCACGGUGACCGUGGUUAG